CUCGCCUCCCACCACUUCCCCUACCUUUAACCAAAGCUCCAUCUUUUAAAAAAUGGCCUCCUCUCGCUUCUUGUGACUUCUGAAGCGUGAGCUGCAAAGCCCCCAUUAAACUAUUCAAAAGCCCCAAUCAAAAACGCAGAUGCCCUCAUAGAACAAACAACCAACCAACCAAGCACCAGAAUCCUUAUCACCUUCACUCGUACCCCGCGCGCUCCCCACAGAAACAAACCAGAGCAAAGCAACAGGGGAAACUCCAAAGCCCCUCUUUCUUCUCGUUCUCCGCGCAACUCUCCUCUCCCUCACCCUCCUUCUCCGCCCUGCUCAAAAAGAAAAAAGCAACCCAACUUUGUUCAAUCAAACGAUAGUAAAUUUACCAUGAUCAGCUCCCUCGACUUUUACCAUGUCAUGACCGCCAUGGUCCCUCUCUACGUCGCCAUGCUCCUCGCUUACUCUUCCGUCAAAUGGUGGAAAAUCUUCACACCCGAUCAAUGCUCCGGAAUCAACCGCUUCGUCGCUCUUUUCGCCGUCCCUCUCCUCUCCUUCCACUUCAUAUCCUCCAACAAUCCCUUCUCCAUGAACCUCCGUUUCAUCGCCGCCGACACUCUCCAAAAACUCAUCGUUCUCGCCGCCCUCACCUUCUGGGCCACUCUCAGCCGUCACGGUAGCCUCGAAUGGACCAUCACCUUCUUCUCCCUCUCCACCCUCCCCAACACCCUCGUCAUGGGCAUCCCUUUACUCAAAGGCAUGUACGGCGACUUCUCCGGCAGUCUCAUGGUGCAAGUCGUCGUCUUGCAAUGUAUUAUUUGGUAUACUCUGAUGCUCUUCAUGUUCGAGUACCGCGGAGCGAGGUUGCUCAUCGCAGAGCAGUUUCCGGACACCGCCGGAUCCAUUGUUUCUAUUACAGUCGAUUCCGAUGUGAUGUCGCUCGACGGGAAGGAGAUUGAAGCCGAAACGGAGGUGAAGGAAGAUGGGAAGAUGCAUGUGACGGUGAGGAGAUCGAGUGCUUCGAGGUCUGAUGUGUAUUCCAGGAGGUCGGCGCAGGGGAAUGGAGUGGCGACGCCGAGGCCGUCGAAUCUGACGAAUGCGGAGAUUUACUCAUUGCAGUCGUCCAGGAAUCCGACGCCGAGGGGGUCCAGUUUUAAUCAUGCGGAUUUCUAUUCGAUGGUGGGGAGAAGUUCAAAUUUUGCGGCGGGGGAUGGGUAUGGAAUGAUGGGGACGACGGCGGCGAGGGGGCAGAGCACGCCGCGCUCGUCAAAUUUUGAGGAGGAUUGCGGCGGCGGCGGUGGGAAGGCGCGGUUGCAUUACCAGAUUCCGGCGACGGGAGGGAAGAAGGACUUGCAUAUGUUUGUGUGGAGCUCAAGUGCGUCGCCGGUUUCUGAAGUUUUCGCCGGCGGUGCAGGAAAAGAAGUUAGACUCGCCGUCUCUCCUCCACAGGGAGAAGCUCGAAAAGACGAGUUCUUGGAGCGCAAUGAGUUCAGUUUCGGAAACAGAGGAAUGGUUGACGGCGGGCACGACGCCGGAGGCGAGGAGAAGUUGCAGGAACCGAACGGCAAAGUCGGCGCAGCCGUCGCCACCAUCUCCGGCAAUGGCCGCGGAACGGUGAUGCCGCCGACGAGCGUGAUGACUAGACUGAUUUUGAUAAUGGUUUGGAGAAAGCUCAUCCGCAAUCCAAACACCUACUCCAGCCUCAUAGGCGUCGUCUGGUCGUUGGUCUCUUACAGAUGGAGUAUUGAAAUGCCUGCCAUAGUUGCAAGGUCCAUCUCCAUACUGUCGGAUGCCGGGCUGGGGAUGGCGAUGUUCAGCCUGGGGUUGUUCAUGGCGCUGCAGCCAAGGAUUAUAGCUUGUGGGAACAAGGUGGCGACUUUUGCUAUGGGAGUCAGGUUUCUCGCCGGACCGGCUGUAAUGGCGGCGGCCUCCAUUGCCGUCGGCCUUCGCGGAGUUCUCCUCCACGUGGCCAUUGUCCAGGCGGCGCUGCCACAGGGGAUCGUCCCUUUCGUGUUCGCGAAGGAGUACAGCGUCCACCCUGACAUUCUAAGCACAGCGGUUAUAUUUGGCAUGCUAAUUGCUCUGCCCAUAACGCUGGUAUACUACAUCUUGCUGGGGCUGUAAAGUAACAGUUUUUCUGGUUCAGAGAAGGGGUAAAGUUGUAAGAUUGAGGAGAUAAGGCAGAGGGAGGAAGCAUGGUGAGCAUUAAAGCAGCAGAAUUUGUAGAAAAGCUGAGAAAGAAACUGGCCGGUCGGCUCCUUGUUCUGUAAAAUGUUUUUUUUUUUGUUUUAAUUAUUAUUAUUAUUAUUAUUUAUGUUUUUCUGCUUGCAAUUCAAUCUUAAGAGA